AUGUCGGUGCUCAUUCGUGUGCCAUCCACGGCUGCAGUGUACGUAGCUGCAACACGGCAACACGUGGGUAAGACGAGCACGUGCUUGGGACUAUUACAAGGACUUACUGGUCGUUUUGACCGAAUCGGGUUUUUUAAGCCCGUGGGACAAGAAAGUGUUACUGUAGAAAAUGGGUCUUUGCGGGUGGAUAAAGAUGUCGCGGUAGCCAAAGAGGUUUUUCAGCUCCAUACAUGCAAUUAUGCCGACAUGUCUCCCGUAGUGAUUAUGCCAGGUUAUACCAAGCGAUAUCUAGAUGGAGAUAUUACUGUAGAGAGUCAAUUGAACAAGAUUCGGACGAGUUUCAAGCGUAUUUCUCAAGCAAACGAGUUUACUGUCGUGGAAGGCACUGGACACACAGGAGUUGGCUCGAUUGUGGACUGCAAUAAUGCUCGAAUAGCUGCUGAGUUGGGUGUGGAUAUGAUACUAGUGGCCAAUGGUGGACUUGGCUCGGCAUUUGACGAUUUAGCACUUAAUUAUUCAAUGUGUAAAGCACAUGGUGUGAAGAUUCGAGGUGUGAUUUUGAACAAAGUGCUGGAAAGUCGAGUGGAAAUGCUGCAAGAAUAUUUUCCUAAAGCAAUGAAGUACUGGGGAGACAAUGUACCUCUUAUUGGAAUUGUGCCGAAUCUGCCUGCACUGUCAAACCCGAGUAUGCUGGAUUUCGAAGGGCUCUUUGAAACUGAGAUGUUGACAUCGCGUACGCGACGCUUUCAGCAGUACAACAAAACUACGCUUGUUACAGCAGGGCUUAGUCGGUUUUUAGUAAAAUUGACGUCGCCCGAGUUUGAGCGCACGCUGUUUGUCACUCACGUGUCUCGGAACGACAUUAUCAUGGGUUUUCUGUCACACGCACAGAACUUUGAGCAUAUGGCAAAGAGACCUUAUGGUGGUGGACUGAUACUCACAGGCUCACCGUCAAAUGAUCAACCUCAAGAUUACAUUAUGGAUAUCAUCAAGAACGCUCAGGCACCAGUUCUUUACGUACCCACUCCAAGUUUUGAGGUGAUGGAGAAGAUUACGCAUUUUACAGCAAAAUUUAAUCCAACGGAUAAACACAGGGUACAUGCAUGUAGUACACAUUACGCUAGACAUUUGAACUUUGACGCUAUUCUGUCAAGGUAA